AACCAUGCUGUGGAUUUAUUGCUAAGGCUUCGCGAGAUUUGCACUCUGAUUUAUUAAAAACGGUGCAGUCAGCAUCAGCAUCUUUGAUAACCGGAAGGAUGCUGUGGCGGGGAGGAAGCGUGGGGAUUUCAUUGUGUUUACGCUAUAUCCGAUUUUAAACAGCUCCGUGCUCAAAACCAGGUCCCAUAUAUAUUUAUUUUUAUUUGAUAAUUUCGUUGUUUAGGAUCUGUAUUAGCUGCUGCCAUGUUUCCAUCGUGUCAGUCCAAGGCUCCCGCCGGGGACAGCGGCGACUCCUCCACCAAGAGGAGCUCCAUCGCUAAGAUGCUGCUCGGGGUCUUCGUGGUGUACAUGCUGCACACCGCCUGGCUGCUGUACGGCUUCCUCAACACCAAGCCCUGCGAUAGAAGCAAAGGAGAGCUCUGCAUCUCCUCCUACCUGACAGCAAGACCCAGGCUUCAGCUGAGUGUCUUCACCUGCCUCGUGCCAGACAACAGCCAACUCAACCUGGCUGUAAGAAUAGACCAAUUUGACCCACACUCUUCAUUUGAGAGGGAAGUGAAUGUCUCCCUGCCAGAGCAAACUCGGGAUAAUGGCACUCUGUUUGCAGUCGUGUAUAUUCACAAAGCUGGUGUUUCACCUCUGGAGGACGGCAGAGAAGUGCACUAUGCAGCUCAGCUCACCACCUACAUCGCUCCCCCCCAUACAGAGGGACAAAGAGACACGCACAAGAGGGCGAGUCCCAGAUCCGAAAAUCCCGUAUCCCACUGGAGACCUCACCUGUCAGUCACUAUGAUGUCAGAGGACUUCACCUUCAACAAGGCGGGGCUUCCCAGUGAUGUGCGGCGCUACAUGAGAGUCUCUCAGGAAGGCCGACAGAUGAUCUACCUCCCUCUGCUGCUGGUGAACGAGAUCAGCUUCAGAGUCAGAGACCUCAUGGAGAUCAGCAGCAGCACUAUCCGGCUGCCUCUGACUGUGUCCUACGAGGGCAUCUCUUUGAGGGGGUUCAGGUUCUGGGUGCAUCUGCAGGACAUUGUUUAUUCUCUGCGACAGUUUGGCUUCACUGAGGAGAAUGUGGAUGAGAUUAAAGAGACUUUGGUGGGCUCCAACCUCUACCUGUUAGUGUUGACUGCACUCAUCACAGCUCUGCAACUCAUAUGUGAGUUCUUGGCUCUUAAAAAUGACUUCUGCUCAUGGAGAAAAAAGAAGACCAUGGCGGGAAUGUCCAGGAAAUCAGUUCUGUGGCGUAGUCUGAGCACUUUGCUGAUUUUCCUCCAUCUGCUAGAGGAGACAAGUCUGCUGGUGCUGCUGCCUGUUGGACUGGGAGCAUUUUUGGAGGUAUGGAAGUUGUUUACAGUAUAUAAGGUCCAGUUUCAAUGGAGAAGCUCCAAGCUCCAUGUCAUUAAGCUGGACGAAGAAGAGAGAAAGACAGUGGAGUAUGACAAGCAGGCGUCAAGAUACUUGUCCUACUUGGUCUAUCCUCUGUGCAUCAGCGGAGCUAUUUUCUCCCUGGCCUACUUACGCCAAAAGAGUUACUAUUCCUGGUUGGUCAACAGCCUGGUGACUGGAGUGUAUGCCUUUGGCUUCCUGUCCAUGGCCCCACAGCUGUUCAUUAACCACAAGUUGAAGUCUGUGAGCCACCUGCAGGGGACAGUGUUGAUGUACAGAGGAGUGAACACGCUGAUCUCAGACCUGUGCUCCUGUGCCACCUUUUUCUCCUCUUCUGGAUCCUUCUCUUCCUCUCAUCAACUUUCCUGCUUCAGAGAUGAGCUCUUGUUCUUCCUCUACCUCUACCAGCGAAGGCGUUUCUCACUGAGGGCACGGAGGCGAGAGUCUGGGACUCACAGCAAGAAAGUAAAGACUCAAUGAAAAAGAACAUUCCUCUCCUACCCUUUGUUCCGAAAUGAAUGCACAAACACACACAAACUGAUCUUCCAAUCAAAUAU